AUGAUGAAAGCUGAUCAUCAGUUGCGCCAUCAUCUUGCUACUGGGGAGCUGCAGAACCCCAGUUGCCAUAUCCUCAUUCCCACCAAACAAGGUAAAGUGUUGUUGUUUAUGUUUAAAGUGAAACCUGUAUUCUAGUUAAGGCUUUUUUCCUUUCUUAUUUGGAAGCUAAUAAUCACUCUUCCCCACAGAUUCACCCAAAUGAACCUAUUUUUGAGAUGAUGACUAUAAUGAUUGAAAUAAUUUAUAUACCACCUUCCAUUUCUAGAAGAAAUGCUGAGGCGAUAUUUUUGAGAUGAAUCUCAGAAAGACACUAAAGUUAUAUUUAAAAGGGAGCAGGGCCUGUAGUGUUACAAGUACAAGACCUGUCAAGUAUUUUCAUAUUCUUGAACCAUCAAUGUGGUUGGCAAAUUAUUUUUUGAGAGACUUUUUAAUGUGCAAAAGGAGAGCGUAACCUGAACGAUAAAUAAUGGCCCCUCCUAGCAGUAGUAAUGUUUUGUUUUGUUUUUUAGACAUUGACACGUGGCUAUUGUGCCAGACUGUGGCUUGGAUAUGCACUUCACACCCAUUGAAAACAAUGCAGUAUGGAUGCUGGCAUCCACACUGAGAUGCACAUCUCAUUUAUGCCUGUGCUUCCUGAUCUGGCAAGUGAUACCUGUACAGAAACUUUCUGCUGCAUGCAGAUCUCCAUCGCUCGAUCAGGCUGAACAACAGUGCUGAAUUGUGCAUCUUUAAACAGAUUUCAGCUAUGUUAGUUGGAUGACCUUUCAGCAAUGUUAGGGACUGUGCUGUUGUAAACAACUUUGUAACAAAGGCAACAUGUUCAUUUGGCCCCCAAAGUAAAGAGUAUAAAAGACAAGUGGGGCCUUCAACAAAAUGUUGCAGUGUGGAGAGUUCCUGUUCAGUGCCCUCCCCCCGGAUAUUCCAUUCCAUCCUCAGAAAGCAUUCUGUGGCCCCUGAGCACCUUCAGGCUUCAGCAGUUAUUUUGGGUGGUGGUUGUUUUCCUUAAAUAUCCUCUGUUCUUCUUGAGCUAUUCCCAAACCUGCAGCUCUCUCCCUCUUCUGUAUAUGUGGUGUUUUGUCUACAUAAACAAUGGCACUCGCACUGAAAAUAGGGAGAAUGAUGGUUUGAACAUAGGGCAACAGAAGGACCAAGUUCUAAUGCAUUCACACAUUCAUAAAUCCAGAUGAAUUAAACCAGGUUUAUGAAUGAGGAAAUGUUUACAGCUGUAGCUUUCAUAUCAUUCCUGAUUAGUCAUCAGAUUGCGAUGUAGAUUUCCUUCUAGACUUGUCUGAUUAAGAAUCUAAAGUUCAGAUUUACUAAAUGUUUGAAUGUGAAAUUAGCUAUAAACUACUGAGACUAGCCAAACUGUAGCAAACAUUGCUACUGUUUAUUGUUUCCGUAAGCAUAUAUUCUAUUUUAAAUUACCUUCAGUGUAGACAGAGCAGCAGCCUUCGUUACUGUAGUCUCCAAACCCUAGAUUUUUAUAUUUAAUACAGAAAUAUUUUCUUUAGUUUCCAGGGGGUAAUGGUGUUAGUCUACUGCAGCAAAAACAAAGAGACUAACGAUUUGCCUGUUUCUGCCUUUAGAUAAAAAUAGGGAUAAGAGUAAUGGUUAAAUGCAAAAGGUUCUUCCUCUGGUUGGUGACUUCCCAUGAGAUACUGUCAGAGUACAAUUAUAUAUGCUAGGGCUGGGCAAUAUAUCAAUAUAUUGUCCAAAACCCGUUUGAAGGCCAUAUGGUGAUAUCAGUUUCAUAAAUCACAAAUCAUGGUGUGUGUUCGGACUGGAUGAUAUAUCAUCCAAAACUGGUUUGAAGUCCAUUUCAUGGUAUCGGGUUCAUAAUUUUUGACCUGGCAAAAUAUCAUAAAUCAUAAUGUAUGUAUGUAUGUUGCUAUGCAAAAAUCACGAUAACUCUUGUCGGCUGAGCUCUUCCCUGCCUCCUGCAGGGAGCAGCAAAUCACAAGAGCAGUCGCUGGCAAAAAUCACAAUGCAGGAAAAACUGUGAAGCCAACCAACACCUCUACAUAGCUCCAUCCUUAUUUCAGACGUUGUGAUAUAUUGGUAUAUCACGAUGUUUAGCUGUGGCUAUAUCACGAUGUUGAAAACCAGAUUAUCGCCCAGCCCUAAUAUAUGCAUUCUACAUACUGUGCCACACUAAGAUUGAGUUGCUUCAUGCUGCUUACUUUUCAUUAAACAAACAAACAAAAACAACCCCAGUUCCUAGCUCUCAUGGUUUCAUGCACAGUGUUGUGAAUUUGGAAGCAAAGCCUUCCAAGCAGUAAAAGAACACAGAACCGGAUGCUAUGACUCAACUUUCCUUUGUAUCUGUUAAGUUCCCCCUCUGGUCAUUGUCUUGUCUGACCUUUGUAUCCUAUUCCCUUCUACACUUGUCCUCGUCAUUCUUUCACCCCAGUCAAAAAAUAUCUCAAUAUUUUCCAAUAAGCCAACAAUGUAUUUCACUCGGAGCCAGUUAUGGGUUGAUAAUUUGCAUAUUUACAGGUUUAUGCUGAUGAAAAUGAACAUUGUUUUUGUCAGUGCCAAUAGAUCAAGGGAACAGAAGCUGCGACUUGACUAUAAUUCCCAUCACCAAUGACCACUUCAGCUUUGGACACUGGGAGUCCAGCAGUAUCUCAAGGGGAAGAGGUUCUUUCAUCCAUGCAGGACACCCAGUCCAUAGCACAUUUGAGCAGGGCAUAAGGAGGACACAGGUAGAGUGUAUGUGCCCUUUAAACAACAGGUAAAUAAAUUCAGGAUACCUGCUGUCCUACAAGGCUGUCCCCUCCAAGAUUCCUGAAAGAAGGAAAGCACAAAAAACUUUAAUAGAGAAAGGGCAUGACCCUUUUAUUAUGUACUCCUCAGUAGAAGAUAGCCGUCUACACUCCAUAGGUCUCAGAAAUGGUGUCUGUACUCUCACCCUCUGCCUCAAGGCAGGCCGUGGGCUUUGUAUGGCACUGUAGAUCAGAACUUGUACAGUUCAACUGAAACUCCAGGGAAAAAAGUGACAGCUGUAGUAGUCAGGGCAGGGCAGCCUCUUAUGAGUAGAUGAUCGGCUGCCCUAUUCCCUCCUCUACUCAGUGGAACAUGGAGCUCUCCAAAGCGAAUGUUCAUAUUACGUAGCUCAUACCAUCAUCAUCUGCAAUGAAUGCUUCCAGCUACUUUCAUAUGAACAUGAACGCAAGGUUUGUUUAUAUACAAUACACUAGUGUAGGACCGCAGCUUGCUACCUGCAUGAAUGGAUAUUUGAAAAUAAAGGGUAGCGAGGAGGGGAUUUAUCUUAGGUGAUUGUCACUGCCGUUCCCAAACUGGUACCCUCCAGGACUGACAGCCUUGCAGCUACUGAAGUCAAAUGUAGCUGAUUGGCACUGCAGUCUAAACCAGAAGACACCAGGCUGGAGAAGUCGGGUUUGAAAAGUUGCAUCAAUGAUGUUUUCACCUAGUACUGUGUCUUCAUGUCUGCAUCUUCACUUGUACCUGGUUUAACUCCUGUGCUGCUGUGUUUCUGUUCUGAAGAGAUUACUCCUCCUUUCCCCUCUGAGCCACCGCCUCUUUUCAGCAGGAGAUAUCUGAAUGACUUUCACAGGAAGGAACCGAUUCCGACACAGAGCGACUGGGUUUUUUUAGAAUGGACCAAAAAAAAAAGCAAUGUUCAGUUAAUGAGAAAUGUAUCCUUAUUUAAAUUUUAUGUGAAAACCAGAUGUCUAUUACUGACCAGUUUGUGGGUUUUUGUUCACAGGCAGCUGUUUUAUAUAUAUACUAGAAAUAUAUAUAUAUGCUUUUUAAUGCAUCACAAACAGGCAGCUGAGCUCCUACACCCAGGCUUCUAUGCUUUGUAGUUCAAUAUUGUAACUUAAUGUGGAACUAAAUAAUAAUAAUAAUAAUGAAGGCACAGGAAAUCAAUACUAUUUGUUUUUGUUAUUUCUGGGUAAUUUGCAUGUGCUCAAAUUCAAACAGACAAAAAGCACAAAGAUUAACAACUUGGUAGCUUAGUUUGACUGACCACCUACAGUAUCUGUGAAGGUCAGAUUUCCCUCACAGAGCCUUCUCUAGCCUGGAUUAUGUUGGACUUCAGUCAGCCCCAGUCCUUAUGGCCAAUUGCCAAGGAUAAUGAUAUUGUAGUCUAAAACAUCUAGAGGUCACCAGCUUGGGGGAAGCUGCCCUAACACUUCCACAUAAAAGCUUGUGAUGGGAGGGAGAGAAACACAUUUGCCUGAAACUUUGAAAAGCUGCUGUCAUUCAGAACAGCCCAUCCCGUGCUAGAUGAUUAUAUGUAUGGCUGUUGUUCUCGUAAAGCGUUAUAGAUGCCUUAGACCAGGCUUCCUCAACCUCGGCCCUCCAGAUGUUUUUGAGACUACAAUUCCCAUUAUCCCUGACCACUGGUCCUGCUAGCUAGGGAUCAUGGGAGUUGUAGGCCAAAAACAUCUGGAGGGCAGAGUUUGAGGAAGCCUGCCUUAGACCAUAUUGACACCAUACAUUUAAAGCGCUGCUACCACUUUAAAGAGUCACAGCUUCCCCCAAAGAAUUAUGGGAGCUUCAGUUUGCCAAGGGUGCUGAGAGUGUUGGGAGGCCCAUCUUCCCCAUAAAAUUCCCAGAGUUCCUUUGGAGAGGGAUUGUGGCACUACAGCUUCCAGAACUCUUUGGGGGAAGCGGUGAAUGUUUCAAGUGAUAUUGUGCUUUACAUGUAUGGUGUGAAUGUGGCCUAACUGCAGGAGGGGCAGGUGCACACAUGCUGCCCUCCAACACUAGAGUUUCUGCUUGAGCAGGGAGGUCUGCAAAGGGAUUGUGGGAACCCUACACAAAUGGGGCUCCCAAUCACAAGGAGGCUUGUGAGUGCCUUUAGUGGAGUGUAUUUACAAUCCCAAUUAGAUCUUCCACCAAACAGGAGGUGGUCAGCCACGGAACAGCCCCACACCUCCUACAUGCUUAGACAUCAGUGCCUGAAGGACUUUAGAUGCGAAGUGAGUCCUUACAUCUUUCCUAAGGUGCCAUUUGGGCAGAGUAUAUGGCCCAUGUUGAUCAGUCUUUCCACCUGUCUUGAACAGAACAAUCAGACACCUGAAGACUAG